GCAGCUGUCAAGUUUUCGUCACUUUUUUUUCUCGUAGUACCUUUGUGGGGCCCUCGUCGUGCAGCUGAAGAACAAAGUGAAAAUUCAGCCCAAUUAGCCCCAAUUUCCCUUACUCUCGAGCACUGUGGAUUGUGUUUUGGGUGACGUGGUGAGUGCAGUCUUAUGGUUUGCCCAGUGCAGGGUGCCUAGAGUGAGUGUGAGCGCGUGAGUUUCGUGGGAGAGGGGGUGGCUUGUGAAGCGAACGCGAAAUGGGGAACAAUUGCUGCACCAAGAGGCACCAGCAGGACUUUGCCGUGGCUACAGCCACUGGCUACAAGAUGAACGAAGCUGCUUUCAUGGGGCCGCACGCAAAGCAGCUCAACAGUGGCUCCCUGGAGUAUCGCUACACACCCGAUCCCAAUAUCGUGCAGCUGAAGCUCACGGCCAAGAGUGGUGUGGACAUCAUCCGGCCACUAACAAUUCCAGGUCAUGGGGCCGGUAGCAAUGUCAAGAAACGCAUUGUUGUGGCCCUCUACAACUACACUGCACGCGAAGAUACGGAUGUGAGCUUCCAGAAAGGUGAUCGGAUGGAGGUCCUGGAUGACACAGAAUCCGACUGGUGGCGUGUUAUCCACCUCACCACACGCAAAGAAGGUCUCAUUCCGUGGAAUUUUGUUGCCGAGGAGCGCAGUGUUAACAGUGAAGAUUGGUACUUUGAGAAUGUGUCGCGGAAAGAGGCAGAUAAGUUACUGCUGGCAGAGGAGAAUCCACGUGGGACUUUCCUGGUGCGUCCUUCAGAGCACAAUCCCAAUGGAUUUUCGCUGUCCGUGAAGGAUUGGGAGAAUUCAAGGGGAUUCCACGUGAAGCACUACAAAAUCAAACCACUGGACAAUGGCGGUUUCUACAUUGCUACAAAUCAGACCUUUCCGUCCCUUCCGGCUCUCGUUAUGGCGUACAGCAAAAAUGCCCUGGGUCUGUGUCACAUUUUAUCUCGUCCAUGUCCUAAGCCGCAGCCUCAGAUGUGGGACCUCGGUCCUGAGCUGCGUGACAAAUGGGAGAUUCCACGUUCUGAAAUCCAGCUAAUUCGGAAGCUGGGCCGUGGAAAUUUUGGCGAAGUGUAUUAUGGCAAGUGGCGCAACAGCAUUGACGUGGCUGUGAAGACGCUACGAGAGGGUAGCAUGUCCACUCAGGCCUUCCUCGAGGAGGCGGCCAUCAUGAAGAAGUUCCGCCACAAUCGCCUGAUUGCGCUCUAUGCCGUUUGUUCGCAGGAAGAACCCAUUUACAUUGUUCAGGAGUACAUGUCCAAGGGCAGUUUGCUGGACUUUUUGCGCACGGGAGAAGGACAAUUCCUACAAUUUGCUGAUUUGAUCUAUAUUGCUGCUCAGAUUGCCAGCGGGAUGGAGUAUCUGGAGAGCAAACAAUUGAUCCAUCGUGAUCUGGCGGCAAGGAAUGUACUGAUUGGGGAGAAUAAUAUUGCCAAAAUUUGUGACUUUGGCCUGGCGCGAGUGAUUGCUGACAAUGAGUACUGCCCGAAGCAGGGUUCACGCUUUCCAGUGAAAUGGACAGCUCCCGAGGCUAUCAUUUACGGGAAAUUCUCCAUUAAAUCAGAUGUAUGGUCCUUUGGGAUUCUGCUAAUGGAGUUAUUUACGUAUGGUCAGGUGCCGUAUCCGGGAAUGCACAGUAGAGAAGUGAUUGAACAGGUGGAACAGGGCUACCGAAUGCCUCAGCCGGCUGGUUUCAAUUUGCCCACAGAAAUCUAUCACUUGAUGCUGCAGUGUUGGGAUCGAGUGCCGGAAAAGAGGCCCACUUUUGAGUUUCUCAAUCACUAUUUUGAGAAUUUCACUGUAACAUCAGAGGUGCCCUAUCGGGAAGUCCACUAAAGUGCUCUUCUCUCUGGACAUCUCCCCCUCAAUCUCUCUAAUCCAUUGCAUUUAUAUUUUCAUCUCGAAUUUUAAUCCAACAUCAAUUCCCCACGAAAAUUCAUCUAACUCGGUGAGUAAUUUUGUUUUUGGACUUCAAUUGAGAUUUAGGUUGCGUCAGGAAAAUGCAUUUCUUGGACUUUUGUGUCAAAAGAUCAACCAGAGAUCUUUGGUAAUUUGAAUAAUUUUAUUCCGCAUGAUGCAUAUGCUUCAUGUAAGGUUUUCAGUGACGUCACACAGUGGAUGCGACUUUUGCGCCACUUGCGGUACUUGCACAAACUUUCAAUGAUCUGUAAGGUCUAUUUAUUUAAAGUUUGCUAUUAAACUUUAAAUCUGAAUACAAUUUUUAUUCUUGGUAUAUUUUUAUUACAAAUAAAAAAAUAUUAACACAAAUUUAACAAAA